AUGCCGCCGAAGAACGAUGCAGCUGGGCCAAGCUCGCCUCCUCCACCCCGCACAAGAAAGCCUGGCGAGGUCCGUUCACGAAGCGGAUGCGUCACUUGCAAGCAACGACGCAAGAAAUGUGAUGAAGACUUUCGUGUCCGUCACAAUGGCGCAAUGUCGUGCAACCGAUGCGCAGACCGUGGCAUUCACUGCCAAUUCAGCAGCAGUGCAACACCUCAGCGUGAGCCAAGCCAACAGAGAGCUACGCCUUAUCCGACCCCUUCCGCUACGCCUUGCAGCGCAGCCAAAGCGCCUUGUCGUGCUGUUCGUGGGCCAAGUGCCACUCCUGCUGCUUACCACGCCAACUUUCCCGUCUUGGCAUCCAGUUCGGCUGUUCCGACAAACUCGGCAGCGGAAGCGCCGACAGCUUCGACCUCUUCGUGGAAUAACUCUGCCCAUUUCCCCUCACAGCAUUUUGCACAGCACUUUGCACAGCAGCAGCAACAAUUUCAAAAUGCUGCCGUCUUCCCGGGACUUCAGAAUUCAGCUGUAGCGAAUCAGUUGGCUUGGAUGAAUCAGAACGCCGCAGCACUCAAUCGAUCCGCCGUCCGAUACAAUCGUCCCAAUAUCUGGCCCAUAGCCAACUCGAAUGGCUUGGCGGACACCUCGGCCCCUGUUAUCCAGCAUCCCGCAGUCAACGUUGCCAGGCAGAGCAACGCUGUCGACACCAACACUCUAUUCAAUCUCAUCAAUGGCAGCAACGGUGCAGCCACGCCAAAUGCAUCGCAAUGGAAUCAAGGUUACUCGAACAGCAUGGACAACAUCAUGCUCGAUGAUUUUGUCACUGAGCUCAUGAAACUGACAGGUCCUCUUGUUGGUGAACAAGGUGGUGCAUCAAUCCCUCCUACCUCGGACAACACGCCUUCAGCCGGUGCGCAACACGCCUCUUCGCCUCUCGAUGCACAACCUGCAUCCCGUUCCGUUCAUGAGCCCUCUCGAGCAUCGUCCUCGGCGACCAGCAGCUCUCACAGGCACGACACUCAACCCUCAGCUUCAUCGGCACAUUCGCACUCGAAAUAUGCUCGGGGAGCUGACAAUGCCCCUUCACCGAAUACGUCGUCAAAGUCUGGCAAGGGCAAAGCAGCCACUCCAGCUCGAGCUUCCAAUCGAUACCGCAAGUUGCUUGACUCGGACGCCAUCGAGUCGCUUCUCAGCAAAUACAGCCCGAUCUACGAACGCUUCUGGCAUGCCACCCUGAUGCUGCUGUCGAACAAGAAGCGUCAGGCCGCCGUCGACUAUCUCAUGAGUGUCAUCCGAUCCAACAAGGCCUGUCGAGCUUCCGUCGUUGUCGUCUGUCUGGCGUACCACGAGUUGGUUCAGCGUGUCCGCAAGACCGCGCAAAAGACGGACGCGAAGCAGCAAGGUCAACAGGGCGCGCCUCCGCCAAGUUGGACAUCCGUUGCAACUGAUGUUCUACAGAAGAGCAAAACUGAUACCACGUCGGAACAUGCAAAGUCGCAAACUCUGAUGGAUAUGUUCCCCAACGAGACAGAAGAAAGUGUCCGAAUGGAACAAGGUGGUGCUGCCGACAGAGCAAACAAUGGACGCAGCCGCCGAUCGCACAGUAACACAGAGAGUGAAGAAGACGACGAGGAUGAAGAGAUGGAGCCUGAGGAAGACGUCAGCAUCGUCGAAACCCACCGUCGUAGUGGUGACAGACCUCCUACCUCCACUUCAGUCAAAGUCAGCGCAGAGCGGUAUGGAACCCAAUCUCGACGCAACGAGACCAUCCAGCGCUCUGGCUUGACUCCCGGUCGCAACCUGAUUGGCAAGCUUUCGACGGUCGAAGACAACAUUCAGGAGAUGGAUGACCCUGAGCGAGACGCUUUCAAGGGUCACAAGGUUGAAGAGUACACGGUCGAGCUCUGGUUUGACAUUGCUCAGGCCGAGCUGCAGCGCAGCAGAGACGAGUUGACUUUGGACCAGGAGCUGUGUGCAAUUAUCAAUUUGCGUUGGGCUUGUCUUUGCUUCGCUGGUGCGGAGAGGGCUCGACAGCUCACAGAGGAAUUGGGCAAGGUCAUGCAGCGAGAAGGCAUCGAUCUCGAUCAUGCGAGAGAGGAGGAGAAGAAGGGCUCCUUUGUCUCGGUCAUGCUCUUGACUGCAGUCUACACCGAUGUGCUCGACACUGUCUCGGAUCGAGGCAAGCGGACACACGUCGCGAUCCGUGAGCCCGGCGCACACAAGCCUCUUCAACUCACAAAACAACGACGCGCAAAUAGUAUGGCAGACGCCAUCACACCAGGUUCGCCCGACAAAGACGAGCCGUUCUUUGGUCGUAUCUCACUCAUCUCUUUGGAGCUGUUGACGUGUUUCAAAAUGAUCUCAGAUCUUGCUGCCGAUGUGUGGGGGCCUAUAAGUAGUACUGUUGCUCACCCAACCCGACCUAGCGAAGAUGAGGUUGCUGAGCGAUCACGCGAGAUUGAACGCAAAGUCAUGUCUCUUCCACCUUGGUCUGAUCCCAAUACCUCCUCAUCUUUGCGCGUUAGAGCCUUUGCUUUGCAAGAGAUCUGGCGCCAAACUGCUCGAUUGUACUUGCUCCAAGCAGUUCAUCGACGUGGAUCCUUGCAUCCCGAGCUGCAGAACAUCUUGCACGAAAUCAUCCGACUAGCUAAAAUGAUGAAGAUCCAAUCCUUCUCCCCCACUGCACCCAUCUUCACUAGCGCCUCUUCGCACCGUAAACCUUCUGUCAGUGCACCAGCACAACCUCGUCCUGCACCCUCGAACUACAUCGGCGGUCUCCGAUCCUCCGACACUUCCACAGACGACCUUCGCGACGCCAACCAUCCCGACCCGCUCAUCAACGCCACUAUCGGUAUGGAAGACCUUUCCCAUUCCCUCAUUGCCCCUGAUCUACCCACGGAAGAAGACCCGGAGGCGGCGGAGGAGGAAGGUCCAGCACCAUUCCAAAUGUGGCUCGACGUGGCAAGUUGGGAAAUGUGCACUGUCUGGUUCUUGUGCUCGACAGUAGCGCUGACGAGGCAAGAUAGGCAAUUCUGCAUUCAUCAUUUGGAGAGUUUGGGACUAGAAAAGGCGAACAGAGACAACGUACAGGUUGUGAGAGAUUAUUGGGCUAAGCUGGAUUCAAGUGGUCAUACGGUCGAUUGGUUCGAUUUUGUAAAGUCUACAGGGAGGAGUGUCAUACUCGCUUUCUAG